AUGAUGAUUUGGAGGACUGCUGCAAGUUGCUUGCCCACCAAAGAUAAGCUAAGUAGGUUUGUUGAUAUUGGUGAUGUUUAUUGUCCUUUCUGUAGGUUGGAAACUGAAACCUCUCUUCAUCUUUUUGCUCUUUGUCCAGUAGCUAAGGCAGUGUGGUUCAGUAGUAAAUGGGGGCUAAGAAUGGAUUCUUUUGGAUUCUCUUCGGAAGUGGAUUUCAUUCAAUUUUUGUGUUCACCUCCAUUUACCAACCAGCUUAGUCAGAAGAAUGAUCUCUUGUUAUUUGGAGCCAUUCUUUGUGAUGGAAUUUGGAAGUUGAGAAACCAAGUGAUAUUUGAAGACCUUCCCUUUAGAUGUGAUGAACUAAUAGCUAGAGUUUGGAAGUUAUUUACGGAAUUUAAAAUCCCUAGACUGGUUGCUACUUCAUCUGUAAAUAUCAAUUUUCCUUUGCAGACUUGGUCCCCUCCAAGGCAUCUAUCUGUUAGGAUUAAUGUUGAUGCAGCUAUUGGUCCAAAUUAUUCAUCUUUAGCCUUGGUGGCUAGAGACUGGAGAGGGGAUUUGGUUUUUGCUUGCUCUCAAAAAGCGAAAACCACUUUCCCUCUCUAG